AUGAGUUCUGCAGAGGAGUUGUUCCUUAAUGGCAAGAUUCGGCCCAUGAAACUGUCUUCCCACUUGCAGAUGCUGCAGGUUCUUCUGCCGUUGGUGGAUUUGGAAGGCUCCGGCGACGAUGAACUCGGCGAAGAAAAUAGUACUAGCAUGAGAGGAAGAGAUCUGAGAAUGCGCAAUCCUAGAUACGCUCACCGGAAAACCAGAUCUAUGUCGUCUCGUUAUGGUUGUGAUGGUGUUAGCGAUGGUGUUGGUGGCGGCGAUGACUGGGGCUACAGAUUCAGAUCUCGCUACAGUUGGUGGUGGAGUGUGAUGCUGGAGGUGGUGUUGGUGGUGGUUGUGGUGGCGAUGGUGUAG